UACAUGCACCACAGGGCGGUCUCCAGCCACGCUUUAAAUAGCCAGCCCCUUCCCUGGCCCCCUGGAGAAUUCUCCGACAGGACCUCAGGCAGAAACUUCACCAAGGUGGGAUGGAGAACAGGGCCUCGGGAACAACCAGUAAUGGAGAGACAAAGCCAGUGUGUCCAGUCAUGGAGAAAGUGGAGGAAGAUGGUACCUUGGAACGGGAGCACUGGAACAACAAGAUGGAGUUUGUGCUGUCGGUGGCUGGGGAGAUCAUUGGCUUAGGCAACGUCUGGAGGUUUCCCUAUCUCUGCUACAAGAACGGGGGAGAAAACUGUGUGGAGUUCCAGAAGGCCAAUGAUUCUAUGAAUGUGACCUCCGAGAAUGCCACCUCCCCUGUCAUCGAGUUCUGGGAGAGGCGAGUCCUGAAGCUCUCGGAUGGCAUCCAGCACCUGGGGUCCCUGCGCUGGGAACUGGUCCUGUGCCUCCUGCUCGCCUGGAUCAUCUGCUACUUCUGCAUCUGGAAGGGGGUCAAGUCCACGGGCAAGGUGGUCUACUUCACAGCCACUUUCCCUUACCUCAUGCUGGUGGUCCUGUUGAUUCGAGGAGUGACACUGCCCGGAGCAGCCCAAGGAAUUCAGUUUUACCUGUACCCCAACAUCACACGUCUGUGGGAUCCCCAGGUAUGGAUGGAUGCAGGCACCCAGAUCUUCUUCUCCUUUGCCAUCUGUCUGGGGUGCCUCACGGCCCUGGGAAGCUACAACAAGUACCACAACAAUUGCUACAGGGACUGCAUCGCCCUUUGCAUCCUCAACAGCAGCACCAGCUUCAUGGCCGGGUUUGCUAUCUUCUCCAUCCUGGGCUUCAUGUCUCAGGAACAGGGUGUGCCCAUAUCUGAGGUUGCUGAAUCAGGCCCUGGCCUGGCAUUCAUCGCUUACCCUCGAGCUGUGGUGAUGUUACCCUUCUCACCGUUGUGGGCCUGCUGUUUCUUCUUCAUGGUCGUUCUCCUGGGACUAGAUAGCCAGUUUGUGUGUGUAGAAAGCCUGGUGACAGCGUUGGUGGACAUGUAUCCCCGGGUGUUCCGUAAGAAGAACCGGAGGGAGGUCCUCAUCCUUAUUGUGUCUGUCAUCUCGUUCUUCAUCGGGCUCAUCAUGCUCACAGAGGGCGGCAUGUACGUGUUUCAGCUCUUCGACUACUAUGCAGCCAGUGGCAUGUGUCUUCUCUUCGUGGCCAUCUUUGAGUCCCUCUGUGUGGCUUGGGUUUAUGGAGCCGGCCGCUUCUACGACAACAUUGAGGAUAUGAUUGGGUACAAGCCAUGGCCUCUUAUCAAAUAUUGUUGGCUCUUUUUCACGCCAGCUGUGUGCCUGGCGACCUUCCUGUUCUCCCUGAUCAAAUACACGCCACUGACCUACAACAAGAAGUACACGUACCCAUGGUGGGGGGAUGCCCUGGGGUGGCUCCUAGCUCUGUCCUCCAUGAUCUGCAUUCCUGCCUGGAGCAUCUACAAGCUGAGGACUCUCAAGGGCCCACUCAGAGAGAGACUUCGCCAGCUCGUGUGCCCGGCUGAAGACCUGCCCCGGAAGAACCAACCAGAGCCAACUGCUCCUGCGACACCGAUGACAUCCCUUCUCAGGCUCACAGAACUAGAGUCUAACUGCUAGGGCCAGGGCCUUUGACACACCUGUGAGCCUGGCUGUGGGGGCAGCUAUAGAGGCAGAGGGGCGGAAACACCCCUCUGUGGUGGGGCAGAAAGAUGAAAGGGGGUAUUUGGGACUCACCUUCUGAACUGGGUACCUCCUAUCUUGACGCCCCUAUUCCAGGGUGGUCCACACAUUGUGACGUGCCUGAAUCAAUAACAUCCCAUUGAGGCAGCUUGGGAAGCCCAGGGAGGGCUGGGGAGGCAAAAGCCUGGCUUGUUGCUGGGCCCUCUUCCUUCCAUGUCAUUAAAUCCAACUUCCUCUCACAA